AUGAAUGAACAUAUGUGGGGCAAGUUCAUUUAUGUAAGGACGAAUUUUAUAUAUCAACCGGAUAAUAGAAUUUAUAAAUUUAUAAGUGAUGUCCUUUUCAAAGAAUAUUGUAAUAAUAAAAUAUGUGGUAGUGAUCUCGAUAAAAUUAAUGCUGUGUGUUUACAUUUGUUUAAUGAACUCUUUGGGAGUUCUGACACGUUUAGUAUUAAUUCAAAAAAUAAUAUCAAUAUUGUUGAGUACAUUAUAAUAUGGUUAAGUUAUAUAUUAAGCCUAAAACCACAUGAGGGAAUCACCAAUCUAAAUGAUUUUUAUGAUAAAUAUAUAAAGGAUGGUGAGAAGUAUAAUAAGAAAAUAGAUGGUGUUACUGCUUAUGAGAGUUAUAAGGAUCUUAUAGAUAAAAAAGAAAAUUUGAUGAAUAUUGGUAUUAAAGAUAUGUCUAGAUUUUAUCAUGCAUUUAAUGAAUUAAGUAAUAUGUAUAAUGGAUUUGAUACAAAAAAAACAGAUUGCAAGAAUUAUUUGAAAGAUGCUAAAAAUUUUGUUAAAAAAUAUGAUGAACUUAAUGAAGAUUAUAAUAAUGGUAAAAACAGCCCAUAUAAUCAAUUAUUAUCUACAUUAUCAAAUGAUUAUAACAGGUUUAAAAAUAUAUGUAAUGGUGCUCAAUCUAGCAACUUUCCAUCACUUCCAACAUAUUCACGAAGAUUAUUAAUAAAAAACACACUAAUUUCAAUUGGAUUUAUAUUUGUUGCCGUAUCAAUUUUCUUGGGAAUUGCAUAUAAGUAUUCGUUACUUGGAUUUCGGAAACGAUCUCAAAAGCAAUGUUUAAGAGAAAAAAUAAAAAAUAUAAAGAAUAAAAUGACAAAUAAUAUAUGUUAA